CCGAUCUCUAGAAAAUCUUUUGUCACUCGGAAGGAGCUGGAAGAAUACCUAAGAACACUUUUAUCCCUGGAUUCUCAAAAGAAAGUUUGGAGAUUUUAAUCCAGAAACUCGUGUGUUGACUGUGCAGAUGCGAGGCUGACAGUGAGUUUUGUUGUUCAACCGACGUCAGGACCGUUUACCCUGUCAGGGACUCCGGUCGGGGUCAUCUACCUGCGUCAGCGCCGCCGCAGGAGAACCAACUACGUCACUAGCACCAGCCGCUGAGCUGGACUAGUGUACCUGUAGCUGCCCCAUUGCUGCCCUGACCAGCCCCUGAACCAGCACAGUCUCCGGAGCGCGCGAGUGCCACGUGUUGAGGGCCCCCCACAUCUGCCCUCGCCCAGUGUUGUUCCUGUUGUAACCGUGGCAGAAGAAGCGCUCUUCAUGAUUACCAUGGAUAUUCCGCCGCCACCCGCCCCCCACCAAGUGGUACACGCGCAGACCAUCAUGCAGCAGCCAAGCCCAGAGGAGUCCAAGAAAAAACAUUACUCGACUGGUCGCCAGGAGGAAGUGUCUGGUCCCUAUUAUUAUGGCGAGAACUCAUCCAAAGGUGAGUGUCACGGCGGUGUGAACCAGCUGGGCGGUGUGUUCGUGAACGGGCGGCCGCUGCCAGACAUGGUGCGCCAGAGGAUCGUGGAGUUGGCCCACAACGGUGUCCGCCCCUGCGACAUCUCCCGCCAGCUUCGAGUCUCCCACGGCUGCGUCUCCAAGAUACUAUCCAGAUAUUACGAGACUGGGAGCUACAAAGCCGGUGUCAUAGGCGGCUCCAAACCCAAAGUAGCGACUCCCGUGGUGGUGGAUGCCAUUGCCAGGUAUAAACGGGAGAACCCGACCAUGUUCGCCUGGGAGAUCCGAGACAGGCUGCUUGCGGAGACUGUUUGUACCCAGGAGAACGUACCCUCCGUGUCCUCCAUCAACAGAAUCGUGCGCAACAAGGCGGCGGAGAAAGCCAAGCACGGACUGCCCGGAACUCUGUCCCCAGUGUCACAGGCGACCUCCGUCAUCACUCACGCCCCGCCAGCGCCCCACGAGACGGCCCUCCAGCGCCCGGGGUCCUACUCCAUCAACGGCAUCCUCGGCAUUCCUCCCCACCACACAGAUCCUAAUGGAAACAUCAACAAGAGGAAGAGGGAAGAAGGAACACCAGAGGGCAGUCCCUCGACACACCCUCAGGAAGGUCCUGGAGAUCCAAGGGGAGCACAUGCGGGAUGGCACGAGAAAAAGAUUGGACAUGGAGACAAGUACGAAAACCGGGAUAUGAAUGGCCACUCAGAGGACGACCUUAAACGCCAGAGAACUCAAUACAACCCUGAUCCACUCUACACCAAUAUGAUAUGGCCGAAGCAGUGGCCCACGCUGAAGAGUGAGGAGGCGGCCAAGACACUUCUACCUGACCUUGGAGGAGUCCCCGGAGGUGCCGCUUCCCCCUACAGCAACGUACAGUCUUUCGUGGAUCACCCGGCCAGCUACCCGUCAGUGUCAGCCGCUUCCAUUUCUACGGAAGCCCUUUAUGAGACUAUGUCAAUGACGCAGUCAAACAGUAACCACGUCUACUCGCCUCCCCUCGCUACCUCCCUUGGUAGCGCAGGUGGACUGACGCCCCUCACACCCAUCACUAUGCAAGACGUGAAGCCAGUCCUAGCGGCACCUUCAAUCCUUGAUACCACCGCCUCACAGUACCAGCAAGGAGGUACCGUCUACACGCCCCUCAGCACCCCCCAGCCCACUUCCAACGCCGGCUAUACCAACACCCUGGCCGCCCACUACCCAGAGCAAACAACAGUGUCGCCGGCCAACUGCAGCAGCGAGUGUGUUACGCCCUUGGACAACCUGGUGGUGGCGCCCUGCUCGUCACCUCUCAAGGCUGACACCCCCUGUACCACCGCCCUCACAGUCCUCCAGCCCGCCUCACACGCCCAUGCUGCCACUCACCAUGCCCAUGUAUCCACUCAUGCGCAUGCACCUACCCACGUGCAUUCCUCAACGCAUGCCCAUGUACCCAUGCAUGCCCAUGUAGCGGCAACUCCUCCUGAUCCGACCUACACUACCCUCCCGCCCAUCACACACUACUCAGGAACAGCCAGUAUAGGGUCGAUGACAGACUACACGUACACGUCCCCGUACACCCAGUACUCGUCGACGUACCCGGCCUAUGGCUACGGCACUGGAGGGCUCCUUAAUAUGGGGAACUACAGUAGCUCCAGUAACGUAGGUAACAACAGCGGCGGUGGAGGUAACAGCAGUAGCAGCAACAACAACAAUACUGCUAAUAGUAACAAUAACAGUAGUAACAAUAAUACUGCGGCUCGGCUGCGGAUGUUGCAGUCGACGCUUGGUUCCUCCGCGUGCCUCAGACAAGACCGCUGCACGUAACGCUGUCUCCACCUCGCGAGUGUCAGUUGAUAUGCAGAUGUCCGGUUUAUCAAGACAGCUGUAAUACAACGGGCCUUCGUUACUACACCUCCUGUGCAAUGACUGUCCAGUACCACUUCGUGCGAACGAGGAGGAAAAAGGAAUGGGAGCUCUUAAGGAGGAAAGAGAAGAGGAGAGCAAGAACCCGAAGACAAACCUUGAAUAAGUCUCUAUCACCGCCGCGUGGGGAGACGACUAGUUUAGCUGAGUGCGUGUUUAAGCAGCACGGACCGAUCUCUAGCUAGGAUACCAAAGAACCACCACUCUCAAGUCACGAGCUUGCUUGAGUCAGGGCACCGCCGGACCCUUGUUUCCUCAGGCACACACCAAGGAAAGAACCUCAUGAACCCCAGGCAUUUCAUUUUGUACAUAGCACCUCAAGGCCUUCCUAGUGUGCCUGAAGAAGACAAGCGAGGGGCGUGGAGACCCUGACUCACACACACACACCUCUUUCCACUCUAGGCGCGGGAAGCCGUCCUCCUGUCGUAGGAUGACUCUGGCAUCUCCCCAGCGCCAAUUACUUCCCCUAUCGGCUCUUGGUUUUCAUUGGGGUUUAUCGCUGUCCAGGACCUAGAUCUACUGACUCGUGUUUUUGGCAUCGAUCAAAAACUUUCUAAAUCCCUGUAACAUUAAGUUUUAUUUUUUCAACAAAGGCGCCUGUGAAACGGUGAUUCAAUUACCUCUUACAUUUAUAUAUAUAUAUAUAUUAUAUAUAUUUAAAUAUAUAUAUGCACAUAUACCUCUCACACUGUCAGAAGAGGCUAAGAGCGACAACAGAAUACAGAAGGGAUUUAUCCAUUUUUAAGACUGUAGUACUGUUGGUAGGUUGGAGGUCCGCCCCAUUACCUCUGAAGGCUGUUUACCAAAGAGGCGUCUUCUGGCUUCUGCCUCCUUAGCCUGUUUGUACAAGGCGAUGUUUAGUCAGGUGGACCUCUCAUGCAGAGGUUGCUAUAUGUUUCCUUAUUGUAGGAGACGGUUUUGUAUAGACAAGUUUUUAAAAAAAGAUGACAAGUUGAACUAUGUAUUAAAAAAGACCUAUUUAUAUGUCUGCUGAAUUAAUGAACUAGGUAGGUCGUAGUGUUAAGGAGAGAGUAGCGAAUAAGGAUUUUUUUACGCUGGUUAUUUUUUUUUAAUUUAUUUUGCCCAUUGUCACUCAGUUACAGUGUACAGUAUUAGCCCGUAGUGUUACUGCUCGCAAUAUCUAGCAGCCCCCAUGUUCCAGAGUCACAAAGUAUUACAGGAAGUGUUAAUAUAAGGCUAAUGGUGAUCGGUAUUAUUAGCCAAAUACCGGUUAUUCUUUAUUUCGUAGAUUCAGUACAGAUUUCUUUUUAACAGUCACAACACCUACGGGUCAGUCCGGACCUGCUCGUCAGGAUUCUUAGUUUUACACGCAAAUAAAAAAAUGUACUGUCAAAGUCUUAUGUAUGGAUGUGUACCUUAGCAUCAGGUAACAGUUUGCAUUUCCACGUGGCUACAUGAACUAGUCUCAUUUAUUAAGAAAAAUUAAUCCCCCCAUUUUAUCUCCCUUAAGUAUUAUUUGUGAAUCCCUCAUAAUAAAACUUAAAUACUCUUACUACAUCCGAAUCUGUAUUGAUCUUACUCUACUUAAUUCUCAAGGCAAAAAAAUCAUAUUCCAAGAAACCAUUUCUCAACAUUCUCCGAACGGCACUCAAAGUGUGAAUUUGGUUCAGUGUUCGGGGCCUCAUAUCAUUGUUUCGGAGCGCAGGCUAUUGGGUGUGGUAUAAAGCUUUUUUUGGAAGUUUAUCUGUAGUCCUCUCUUGCGCCUCCACUGCAUUGUUCUUGUAUAGGUAAAUUAUUAUUAUUAUAUAUUUUUUGGUUUGUGCACAUCAACAUGUAAAGUCACUGUUACUCACUUAACUUUUUUUUGUUGCUUUAAACAUGUAUCUUUUUUUUUCAUAUCUUUUUUUUUCAGUGACAUGAUUUUUUUUUACAACCCAUCAAACAGUAUGAGUAAUAUGCAUCAGUAUGUUGUGUAUAUUGGUUGCCAUUUUGUGUAUCGCUUGUAACUACAUACAAGUACCAUGGCAAAAAACUGAGAGUGUCUUCCAGGACUUUAAUGUAAAGCAGACUGUUUGUAUUUCAGCUGAUGCUAUUUUAGUCAGACACGUUGAACCUACAUAUUGAUGUAUGCAGCAACAAUAGGUAGUUAUAGAAAUAAACAACUGCUGUUUAUAAUAAA